ACUGGCAGGACGGGUAUGGACUGUGUGUACACGGGAAUUGCCCUGCCUUUGUUGGAGACGACAGUGCCAAGUAUCACCAACAUUUCACUGUCCUUUUGUAAACAUACAAAGGCAUCUUUGAUUUGCUCCUGUUCCUGCUGUGGUUCCCUUCACAAAACCUACCAAUUCCUGGAGUCUGAUCAGGACUCACUGGACAAUUCACCUGGUGGCUGUAGCAAUUGAUGGACUUUUCAUUCUAAACAUGUAGGUCAAGGGAGAAUAUGUGACGAGAAAAGGUCCAUUGUAACACAUUUGUUUGCUGGAACAGCUGCUUACCCAGAUCUGUAGUUGAAAUACAAUGGAUGGUCAAGGUGACGACUGGUCUGUUGACGGAACCCUUCCACAGUUCUUAGCAACGGUUCCCAACAGACUUUCUCCAGCACACAACUUUGAACUGCAAGGAUCCUCAUCACAUCUCAGUCAUUCCUUAAGGAAUGCCCAAGAUGCUUUGGAAUUCUUCAAACAGCCCCAGCAGAGUUCAUUGUCUCCCUUCACCAACCAGUCCCUUGACACAGAGCUCCCUGACUUCUGUAAACUUCCCUGGGACAGCACAGAGCAGUCAUCCAGCGAUCUUGGGGACAGUGUACGUGUACCUAGUCUUGAUGUUGAAAACCUGUGUUAUGGCGAUAGUGGGGAAGCCAAAGCAGCACAGUUGGAAAACAAUGAACAGCUUAAGUCUGUUGGUUUAUGUCUGUCAGCUGAGAAUGAGUCAUCCUGGUCUUGCGAUAUGUCAUCAUCUGAAUUGCAUUCAGCACCACGCAGCAGGUCAUAUGAUAACCCUAGCCACACCGUGGCUGGGCAGGAGGCACACCUUGCUGAUGAGCUCCUCUUGCCAACACCAACUGUUGUGGAGAGUGAAAAUGAGUGCAUUGGUCAAAACUGUGACUUGAUACCACCUGUUAAUCCUUUCUCACAACUUGCUAUGCAAACCAAGAAAUCUUCAGAUCAGUACUAUCAAAGCCUUCCACUUGCUAAUGAAUAUGUUGGUCUGGUUACAGAACCCUGCAUUCAGGCAAGGGAUGAUUCAUGUCAUGCUGCAUCAAACUUUGGAAGUACUCCUCAAAAAAAUGAAGAAAACAUUCCAAUGCAAAGUAGUCUACUUACCACAGUGCAUCAGACAUCAAGUGAUGUUUUACAUCCCAAUGCACGACACUGCCAGUCGCGUGAUUAUUUGACUAACGCAGGGCAAACAACCCAGGAUUUUAUCAGCAUUGAAUCAAACCUGUCAGAUGGAGGUAUCAAUGAAACAGAUGAAGGGAUUAAAAUCAGUGACGACUUUUCUCUCAAUUAUGACCCUCCAAGUUUCAGUGAUGGAGACAGUGACAUCAAGUCACCAGAGUUAUCUGCAGAUUUGACUAGAAUAAGCAACAAUGCAGAACAGUGGUGUUUCGAUCCUAGUAGCUUGCAGGAUGAAGAACAUUCAUCUGGAAUUACAAAUGUUCAAGAUGGCAGCUCUUUGUCACCAGUGUCCCCUGAGCGCAGUUUCCAGGACAUAGUUGGAUCUGGAGGACAACAGAAGCAAGAGAUUGAGACUCAGAAUAAGGACGAAAUUUCCCCAUGUUCAACUUACCUUGGAUGUAGCACAGUUUCUGAGUCUAAUUGUUCACUUUUGCAAUUGGACACAAACAAUAAGGAUAUUCAAGAAAGCAGACAAAAUGGUUCCCCUGUUGAUGAGAAGGAUCCACAGCUUUCACAGAAUACUAGCUCCUCUGCCUUAACAAGAUUCGUAAAUGUCCCAUCAACCAAAGAAGCAUCUGAGAUAUCUAGCCAUGAGUUGGAAUUGGCAUCUGAACUGAUAGCAAAGACUUCUACUGGUAGCGUUACAGACACUAGAUCGUUUCAGUUGAACUCAAACAAGCUCUCUCCUGGUCAGCACGAUGGAAAAAUUGGGAGUGAUCUCAAUAAGUUGCAGCACGAUAUAUCUCCUGUGCCAAAUUCAGGCUCAUCAGACUCUCUGUCUCCCAGACAGUCUGAGGAUGAUGCAUCCUCAUUGAGGGAACGUGAUAAUUCUUUAUCCUCAGAGGAAUCCGUCUUGUUAAUAUCUGACUUUGAGUGCGAUGCAGAGAUUGCAGACAAUAAAACACAAGACACUCCCAUCAAUGUAAAAAUAAAAAACCUUCCUUCGCCAGAUGAAGCUUGUCAGAAUAAAACCAUAGAGAGGACUGAACCAGACUCUACCACUCGCAUCUUGGAUCACCAAGGUGACACUAAGCCUGAAGCAAGAAGUUCACAUGUACAGGUAUGCAAAGGCCAGAUGGAAGGAAAUCUAACUAAUGAUGAUUCGCUCCUCUGCAAUUCACCAUCUGAUGCCAGUUUUGAUACUGGUGCAACACUCAGUAGUGACAGAUAUACUACUGAAAGUCCUGGGCAUAUGUCUGGGAAUGGAGCGUAUGAAACUGUUUCUUAUGAGGAAAAGAAUGGAUCACCAGAUAAGGACACUUCUGUUGUUGGAGAAGAAACAGAAAGGACUUUAUCUGAAGACAAAAAUGGUGAACACAAAUUGAUGGCAACAGCUACUGAUUCAGACGUUGAAGAAGCUGAAGCAGAACUAGGAGGAGACUGCUGUCACGUUGACAACUUCCAUUUCAAUGAGGAAGUUGAAGGGGAUAAGCAAGAUCCGUGCAUUGUCAAGGACGACUCAAAAUUUGGAAGAAAGGAAGAUUUCGCGAAUGGUUCAAAUGAAGACAAAUUGGGUAAGGAACACAAAUUGAUCGCAACAGCUACUGAUUCAGACAUUGAAGAAGCUGAGGCAGAACUAGGAGGAGACUGCUGUCAUGUUGACAACUUCCAUUUCAAUGAGGAAGUUGAGGGGGAUGAGCAAGAUCAAUGCAUUGUCAAGGACGACUCAAAACUUAGAAGAAAGGAAGAUUUUGUAAAUGGUUCAAAUGAAGACAAAUUGGGUAAGGAGGGAUGCUAUAUAGAAAUGCUCAAAGAAGGUGAUGCCAAAAGUGAUGUAUAUUGUCUACAAGACACAAAUGCAUCCAAACAGCGAGAAGCAGGUGCUGAAAAGGAGGUUUCAGAAGUAGCUGCUAUCCACAAGCAUCCCAAGGGUGACCUAGGAGAUGUUUCACUGAGAACCGAAGACCCAGAUUUCCCCGGCAAUUCUGAGUGUCUACAAGACCCUGAUGCAUCCAAACAGCGAGAUGAAGGCACUGAAAAAGAGGUGUUAGGUAUUGGGCCAAGAAGCCAGGAUCUUUGUCAGGAAAAGAACACUAGUAGUGAGGGUGUUGGGGAAUGGGAAUCUCCAGUCGCUGGUAUCCAUGAGCAUCUCAAGGGUGACCAAGGAGAUGUGUCAGAGAGAACCGAAGACCCAGAUUCCCCCAGCAAUUCAGAGUGUCUACAAGACACAGAUGCAUCUAAGCAGCAAGAUAAAGACACUGAAAAAGAGGUGUUAGGAGUUGGGCGGAGAAGCCAGUAUCUUUGUCAGGAAAGGAACACCAGUAGUGAGAGUGUUGGGGGAAUGGAAUUUUCAUUAGCUAGUAUCCACGAGCAUCCCAAGGGUGACCUACAUGUAGGAGAUGUUUCACUGAGAACCGAAGACCCAGAUUCCCCCAGCAAUUCAGAGUGUCUACAAGACACAGAUGCAUCUAAGCAGCAAGAUGAAGGCACUGAAAAAGAGGUGUUAGGAGUUUGGUGGAGAAGCCAGGAUCUUUGUCAGGAAAGGAACACCAGUAGUGAGAGUGUUGGGGGAAUGGAAUUUUCAUUAGCUAGUAUCCACGAGCAUCCCAAGGGUGACCAAGGAUAUGUUUCGCAUAGAACUGAAGAACCAGAAUCCCCCAGCAAUUCAGAAAAAAAAUCUCCCAACCAAAAUGCCGUCAGGAAAACAACAGAUACAGAUCCAGUAACAUUUGAAGGUUCCUUCUCCAAGCUGGGUAAAAUAUCAGCUAGUUUACAAGAGAAAGAAAAUACAAAUGUAAACCCGCAAAUGCCAGAAGGAGAAAGUCACAAGAAGAGUGACGAUGAUAUAAUCAUACUUGAUGAUGAUCCAGAAGUUAUAUCUAUUGGAAGCUCAGAUGAAGAUGAAGGAACUGAGAGUUCAGCCAGUAAGCAGAAGCAGCUUACAACAGCAACCACCCGUUCACCAUCCAAAACCACUGUCAAGACACCACCCCAACAAAAUACUCAGUGGGCUUGCCACAUAUGUGGUGAUCACAACAAGACCUUGAACUCUCUAAAGUUGCACGUGAGGCGCGUCCACAACUUGAUCAUGGUUCACCGGAAAGAGGACAUGAAGUGCAAGUUGUGUUCCUUCGUAGGAACUUGGCAAAAAAUCAAAGAGCACAUCAUCAACGAUCACGACACACCACUUAAAUGGUAUAUCAAGAAUCAUGAAACAAGGGAGAUAACAAAGCUACCCUUGUCAGCCUCAGUCCCCUCAGAGACUCCUCAAUCACAGGGGAAUAACACAGCUGGUGCACAAGCCAGUCACCCUGCCAAAGUCAUCGCACAGAAGACUGCAGCACCUGCAUCAAAGCAGCAUUACCUCAUUAAGAGGGUUUCCAACAUAAGUAUGGAUGGGCAAGAUGAAAGACUUUUAUCUGUGAAGACAAAGGAUAAACAGAUGCUGCCAAGUAGCAAGGUACUUACAUUAUCACACAACACACCAUCACUUUCUGCCCAACCUGUUGGUUUAAGCAUCACCCCCAAAGUGAGCUCUGUGAUGAAUGUUCAUACUCCAACUGUAAGUCAAGUUCAAGUAUGUCCUGCGACCACAGUCCCAAAGCUCAAUACUCAAAACAAAGUUAUCAUAAUACGUCAUGCCACCCCAGCAGCAGCGACCAAGACUGUGUCAAUUGUAACAACGGGCAAGAAUGCUGUUGUAACCCAAGGUGGUGUGCACAACAACUCUCGAAAUUUGUACCCGGUCGUCCCCAGUGUAGUACAUGAUCAGCAGGGCACAAAAACGACUCCAACUUUGCUCAGGUCCAAAGUGGGCAAUUCCGUCAUAGCGCCACCUGUCACAAAGACUGGGGUGGAGCAAACCAUCCAAGUGUCUGCUGUGGUAACACAUUACAGCACUAGGCAGAUUACUUAUAGAGCAAAUACUGGAAAACAGUAUAAGAUCAUGACCUCACCAGUAUCACCUAAGCAACAAAUUAUUACCGCAUCCGGUUUGCCCAGUUCACUGGUGGUCCCUAGGAAGACUGCUCCUCAAGGGUUGGGAGUGUCCACCGCUUCUUCACAGGUGAUGGAGAAAGUCAGAAAUGUCUCUGGGACAUCUCAGCCAGCCAGUCAGCAAAAUCCAAAGACAUUUUUUCGCAUUUUUUCAAAUCAGACUGCUCAAGGCUCCCCAAACAAUACCCGGGCUCUCACAGAUGCUGCUAAAGCACCAAUUAAUUUCAUCAAGUCGUCUAAUGCUAGUGCUCCAGCAAAGACCAUGCCACUUUCAAAACAAAGCUUUACAUAUUCUGUUUCAGCACUUCCUAAUACUGUUUCGAAUUCAAGUACUCUGUCAAAGCUUGGCUUGAAUUCUCUCCCAAGCAGUGGGAUCAGGGCAAGUGCAGUUCAUGUUCCAUCAACCAUGACUAUUAUAAAGACAGUGCCGCAUCUUGCCAGUCAGCAUGUCUCAGGGGCUUCUGUGAAUCAGAGCUCUGCUUCAGUUGCAAAUCAAAAAGUUCAAACAGUAACCACCCCAUCCUCAGGUCUAGUGACAAGUAGUAAAGAGAUGCCAAACAUCACUGUGCAGAGACAUCUCUUAGAUGGUGACAGCAUGGCAUCUUAUGUGAUACGAGUGCCAAAGUCACAAUCAGAGAGCAUGAUGCAUUCACUGUCAAACAGUGGGAAGAAACACGAUGACUCCCUUUACUUGGUUAAAGUGCCUGUAAACCAUACCGACUCUCCUAAGAAAUUCAUGGUUCACCUUCCAGUUGAGAAGGGAUCUACCAUGAAGCAUGCAGUGUGCAUUGUGCAACCACCUGCUGGAGAAUCUGAUAGGGAAGUCUCUCCUGUUUUCAGCAAAUCCAGUACUUCCAACUCGCACCAGGGGAAACCAGUUUCUCUCUUGGAUGGCUUGAGCACUUCACUGGGCCAAAUAAAGUCUAUUUCCCCCAUGUCUGUUGGACUUAUAGCUAAAACAAGUGAUGUGUCCAGUGUUGUGCCAUUGUGUGUUACAAAGGCUAAGAAAGAUCCAACCAAGAAAGCUGAGUGCUUAGCUCAUUUGCAAGAGCCAGCUGUUAAUAUCCAGCUGCUUGAGGACCAGUUUAAGAACACUGAAAUGUUUAAAGCUGCAGAUCUCAUCAAACUGGACAGUCGUGUCCAGUUUGAGUGUGCUCGCUGCAAAGAAGCUUUUCCUCAGCUGAUGCUCCUGCAGCUCCAUCACAUUGACUGCACUGCUCACCCUCCAUCUCAAAAGAUCUUGCCCAUCGUUCACAUCCCAACUGCAGUUCUGGCAGCCUUCUUCACACUCUCUGCUUCAGGGUAUUCCAGUGCCUGUGUCAUCUGCAAAGUGCUGUUGCUCGGGAAUGCUCGGCACAUGGAGGACCAGCAAGAUUUUUGCAGUCACUUGUCUAAGCACACUGAGCCGCGUGUUGCAAUAACAAGCCUAGAUGACACAAGGAAGCUUGGUAUCCUGCAGACAAGGAUGACAAGCCAACAAGCCAAAGAGUGGGUAGACUAUCUCGUUCCACCUUUCAAGAUGUGUAAUAAACCCACCUCAGCUUAUGAUGGCAGCCUGGACGAGUAUAUCUGCACAGGGGGAAUCCUGCAUCGUGAAUCUGUGAAACGUAGCCAACACAAGAGAAGCCUUUCACCAGAGACGAGAAGAAGAGAAAAACACAAGAAGCACAAGAAGCAUAAAAGGCACAGAACUCCCCACAUUGAAAUCAGUGGCAGAAGCAAUGAAGGCACUCGGAACCUGUACCAAAGUUCUCUGAAAACUGCAGAGGGAUGUGAGGGGGAAUGGAUUGAACCAAGCCCAAAAGACUCUGGCAAAUUAUGGGUGAGGAGGAAGCCUCGUGCUGGUGGACUGAAAGAAAGUAUCAUGACAAGCCCAUCGCACCCUAAGCUCUUGCAGCAUGGCAUGCGUGUGAAUUUGAGCAAGAGUGCCAAAACUAGCCCUUCCAAAACUUCUCAGCGAUUUCUGAACGUGAAGAUACCGGGCAGGCGCAGCCAGCGAGGAAUGGGACUCGACUUUGGCCAGGGACUUGUGAUGUUGCCCAUGACAACCAGGAAGAGGAAGAAAAAAACUGAUGAGGUUGCCAAGGAGCAAAUGUCAGGGAUCCUGACCAGGAAAGUGAAUAUGACACCUGCUGCUCCAUCUUGUUCCUCAGUUCUUGGAGAUAAAGAGGAUUUGGUUGGACCUGGAGAGAGCAGCAUGAGUAAUAAGUCCACUGGAAGACAUGCAUCUAAAAUACCUACAGUCAGUUCAGUUCAAGGUCAGGAAGACAACACUGAAGUGGGCACUGAUAUACAAACUAAGGAUCCCACUGAUGACAUUGUAGUAAUAACAUCCAGUGAUGAUGAUGGAGAUGAUGCUGAAGCCAAAGAAGAUGACACACAAGAUGGCGACAAAUCCAUGCAUACAAAUAUGAUAGAGGGAAACAGUGAGGAACCAAACAUCGGUAAAGUAGAUGCUGAUGAGGAAAGCGAUUCCAAAGAUGCUGCCUCGGAUAAUCCAUAUGAUGACAGUGAUUCGAGUUUGAAUGAGAAUGCAAAUGGACAGCAGAGUGACAGUGAUGAGGACAUUGAUGAUGAUAAGGAUGGAAUGAACCAGAGAGACAUUCCUCUGACCAUGAUGGCAUUGCACUACCGACGGCUAAAUGAAGAGAUGGCCAAAACCAGCCAGGAGAAACAAGAUUCUGAGGAAGUAACUUGUGAAUCCCCUUCUCUCACUCUCUCUGUGGAUAAGCUUGAAGAAGACACAGAGACACAGACGGCAGGUGAUCAAGAUGCAGAAAAGACAACAGAAAGUCACCCAACAUGGGAAAUUGUUGGAGCUGUUACCUCAGAUAAGCUUCAAGACAGUUGCAGCUCACAUAGACUCAAAGUGAUAUCUCCAGUUCCAACAAGUGAUUGCAGUAAUUUAUCUGGAGAAUUUUCAUCCCAGAGUAGCGGCUCUCUGCAUUCUAAUAUCAAUGUUGAAAGUAGUACCGUGGAAUCAGAAUCGCUUGAAUCCGAAGAGUUUCAUCCCAAUAAGCAGGUUAAGCAAAGCACUUCACAGCACUCUAAUUCUUCAAGUACAUGUACUCAGUUUGGAGAGAGUAGCGGGUCUAAACCAGAGGAGACACUGCCAUCAGAACCUUGCAAAGAUACUGGUUCUGAAUUGCUAAGAGAAGAAAAGGACAUGAUUUCACCACAGAGGGGCAUUGUUGACAAUGAUCUCAAAGACAAUACCAGUGGAGCUAGUGAUCAAGAAAAUUGCAUUUCUGAUAUUGAAGAUCAUGACCCUUCAUCAGAAAUUGAGAGCUUGGAAGAUGCCAUAUCAAAUGUCAUGGCAACAGACAAUUUGCAGGAUUUGAAAUCAGAUACCCUAGACAAAGUCUCAGUGGAAGGUAGCUUUGGCAGCGAGAAUAGAGAUCAAGAUAAUGUCAUCUUUGUUGCUGCAGAUAUCUCAGACACCAAAAACUCAGACAAUAGUCAUUCUAUGGAGACCCUGUCCGAGAUGGGAAAUGUGAAGGAGCAAUCAGUUGAGGAUUUGGAAGGUAACAGUAGAGAUGAUGACAUUAAGGACCAUACCACUGAGGACAGUAAAUCAGGCUCCAAUAUCAGUGAAAUUAAAAUUCCCAGUUGUACAUACAGCAACAUCCAGGAUAGUUGGAUAAAUAAUGCCACUGAUGGUGUGACUCAAAUAAAUAAUGAUUUUAGAGCAACCCUCUUGGAAAAUGACAGCUCUGGAGAAAGCAAAUCUGCCGAUGAAACCUGGAAGAGAAAAAGUCAGAAGGACACAGUUUCAGAGGAUCACAACCUCAAAGACAGCAUCCAAAAAGACAAGAGUCUAAAAGAAAAUGACUGGAAGACUGACAUUUGGAAAGAAGAUAUACCUAUGACUAGCAACCUGAAAGAGCAUUCUCAAGCCGAUGUCAUACAAAAUGUAGGAACCAAGGGAGAUGCUACACUUAAUGAUAUGUCUGGAAAAGGAAGUGUGUAUGCAGAUGGUAUUUCUUGGGACAGCUGUGUCAGCAAUGCUGAAAGCAGUGUUCAGCGAGACAGGUUUUUCCGGGAGAAGAACCUCACCAAGAACAAUGUUUCUGAUGGUAGCCAAACCGACGAGGCAGUUGAACAAGUCACAUGUACUACUGAGGAAGAGGAAAGUGACAUAACUAAUGAGACAAAGGAACGGGACAGGUUUUUCAGUGAGAGAAGUUUAGACAUAGAGGACAGUUUUGGAAGCCAGUGUAAUGAUAGAUUAUUUGUAGGGGGUGUUUGUGAUGAUAUAUCCUGUAUGAGUUAUCCUAAGGAGGAUAUACGCCAGGAUCAGCAAAGUGAUGGGUUAUGUGGUCAGGACUCCGGUGCUGGUGAAACACAGGAAGAGGGACAGGAGACGAGACUUUACCAAGAUGAUGAUCAGGAUUCAGAUGAUGAUGUCAUCUGCUUAAUUGAUGAUUCAGAUGAGGAGUUCCAGUCUUUACUUUCAACAGAUCAAUUCCCUGGCUUGGAAUGGGCCCCAUCUACCGUGCACACUGUCAAGGAACAGACUGUUUGGAGUACUUCAGCAGAUCAUCCGUCUCAGACUCUGGGCAAACCAGUCGUAAAACAGGUGAGAGGACACAGUUUAAAAAGGAAAUCAUCCCACGAUUACGAAGAUGAUGAAUUGGACAGCGACAGUGAUUCUCCUUGGAAACAUGCCAGGGGACGGGAAGCGUGUGAUGAAGCAACUCCCUCAGACUCGUGGCGCCUAUUGGAAGUGUCAGAGGAGAGCGAGGAGCAUUCAGCCGCCGAGAUGGUUUGGAAACAAGACAGAGGCACCAGUGUCUUCACACAUGAGGAUGUCGGACAGUUACGAGCUGGUGGACUUUGAGUGAAUCCUUUAGUCUGCUGAUUGCACACCUGGGGGUAUCUUGUGCUACAUUGAUGUGCACACUCAAGCAUAUAUUUGAUCUAGUGUGCUACAGUGUUUAUACAACUAAAAGGGUUGUAGGGGCGGUAGGAGUUUGGAGGCACCUAGACCAAAUUCAGCAUGGUUAACUAAAUAAUGUUGGUUAUUCUCAAACUAUCGCACCCAUCUGUGGAGGAUUUUUCAUACACAAAAGUAAUGAGAUAAUAACUAAAAAAUAUAACACAUAAUUUACUCAAUUGUGCUGUGCACUGUCCUGACAGCAAAAAGUUAAACUUUUCAUUCUAUUGUUUCUAAGCUCAUUUGUGGCUAAAAAAGGACAGUUUGACAGGUUUUUAAUCAUAAAACUGUUGGCGUAAGUAUUUUGCAUUAGAAGGGCAUAAGUCUGUGUCGGAAACAGUAAGUGUAGUCACAUCUGUAAAUGUACAUGUUGGCAGCCCUAGUGAAAAAAAAAUGGCUUCACUGACAGAUUCCUUGUGUAUCUAUUUAAAUGGUAGUUUCUCACUCACACAUUAACAUGCACGUUACAUCUAAUUUGUACUCUGCACUUCGGGUUUUGGGGUAUUUAUCUUAUCAUUGCAGGAAAGACUCCUGGGUCAUUCAACGCGAAAGGGGUGAUGGAGAUAACCCUUGGAUGAUACCACUGCUCUAGGAAUUUCAGUAGCAAGCCAGUAUCCCCACAUUUGUCAGUACUCAUCACGAAAGGUCAAAUACUGAGUUCAGAUAUGCAUCAGUUGGCACAGGUUUAGUAUCUCCAGGAUUUCAGUUUGUCUUGAUAAACUGAGAGAUAGGUUUGAGGGUACACCAUGGAAUCAAUCUCUUUUGGGAAGAGGUGUGGUUCUUAAAAGAACCGGUGAGUGUUAACUUGACAUUUCAGCCAGUGUGCUCUUGCCGUCCUCAGGAGAGUGUGAACGUCGAAAUGUUAACUCGAAACAUUGAGUUAACACUCACCAGUUCUUUUAAGAACCACACCUCGCCCAAAAGAGAUUGAUUCCAUGGUGUACCCACAAACCUAUCUCUCAUGUCUCUUCCACCAUGCAAAGAUUCAAAUCUUACUUAGUUGUGAUAAAUUGUUUCCAGGUUGACUUAAGAACAAACAAAGGAACUAGUUGUAAAUCUGAACCCAUGACCUGGCAGGAUUUCUGAGGUGACAAGUUCAAGCCCUGGUUAUCUGGUCAGCUAUUAAAGGCUGUGGACAUGUCUAAAUCUUCAGGCUGUGGCUCAUAGGAACACAUAGAUCUAUUUAAAAGGUUGCAGCCACUAACAACUGGCUUCCAUAGUACAGGCGCCUGCAUGGACAGCCACAGGCAAAGCAUUCAUACCCAGCCUGGAGAGUGAACAUAGUCAGAUUUCUAUGACUGUCCAAGGAAUCACACUACUUAGGCCCAUACAUGUGUGUCUUUACAUUCCCGUAGUCUACUUUUUAUUUGCGUAUAUGUGCAAAUGUAUCUUGUAAAUGGGCCUCUUUUCCUCAAAUUUGCCUUGUAAUCCCCCAUGCAUUAGAGUGAUGAAGCCACAUUGGGUAAGACAGUCAUUUAUCAGCGUGUGUGAGACUGUCAUGGGCCUGAACGAACAAGGCUGUAAUACAUUCCAUGGAUCCUGCUGCAAUAUGUAUAUAGUUCUUUGGUGUACAGGUAAAUGAAGCUGUUUCAUGUUUAACACUCUUGGGUACACAGUCCGCCAAUGAGUUACAUUAUUCCGUUAAGAACAUUAUUGUGUAAGUGUAACAUACAUAUACCAUUAUCAUGGACAAACAACAGAAAUGCAUGUAUAUAUUCAACAUUUAAUCUUGCAAAGCCUGAAGGGCUGGCAGUCAGUCGAAUAGCACCUACAUGUAAAACGAUCAAGUAUCCUGUGUUGUGUCCAGUGUUCAGCUCUUUCGGUUCUGUACUGAUGAAGGAAUCACUGAUGCUUGGUCGGGCUUGGGAAGCCUGUUUAUCUUUUUUUUUUUCAAAGUAUAUCAAGGGUGCCCACAGUCACAAAUAGAGAGCAGUGUACACAUACAUGUAUGCAUAUAUCCAUUGUUAAAUGAUUUUUUUGUAGAUGACAAAUUAACAAGAGUGAGCUUUGAAGCUUUUGAUUGCAAAGGUUCUCUAGAAAGUACAGCAAGUUGCAGAACAGGAGGUUCUUUUCAGAACCACACAGUCAGAAAGAGAUACCUGUGCAUGGUGCCACAGCAAACCUCUAUAACUUCAAUUAAUACAAAUGUUAAAUAAUCAUCAUCAUCACCCUCUCAGGCUCAGCAGUGUGUGUUCAAGAGAGAUUCAUUCAACAGGGGUGUGAGAAUUCAGCUUUUUGGCUGAUGUCAGCUUUUGUAGAAGUUGACCCUGAAUUUCAGCUUUUUUGUACACCUGGCCAGUACAAAAAUGGUGGAACUUUUUAUAUUUCAGCAUUUUGCUAGCCGUUUUCAGCUUUGAUUUUAAUUGGCCACUCAUUCCCCUUGUUCAACAUAUAAUUUGAAAUUUUGACAUAAAUUUUCGCUGUUUUAGUUUAACACUCUCUUCAUAGUGCACAUGAGUUUUUUCCGCACUAGGGCAACACUAAAUUCAGGAUGCUUGAAGGAUGGAAAUGAAAGUUUAAAGUUUGAAACCAAAGGUCACUGGCUCGAUGAAAUCCCAAAUUUGUACACAAAUAGUUAUACGUGUACACAUACACUUGGUGCUGGGUAGAAAACAGACUGCUCAGAAAAUUGAUGAGUUCUGUAAAAGUUCAUAGCAGACCAGUCACAGGCCAUUUUGGCCGGUAACCCAUUUUUGCUGAGCAAAUGCAAAUACAUUUUGGGCUUUAGCAGAUCCAUGAGAGAAGAGUCGCAUCAAGGGACCCCCGUGUCAUGCCUGUAGUUCAUGGAGGUCAAUCCACAAGGUGUGAAUAGCGCCCUCGUGUUUUAAGAGCAAAUAAUGCUUUCAGUCUCCCAGAAAGCUUUACAGGCACAAACCGGGGGGGCCUUCCCCUCCUCCGUGGCAUUUUCCUCGCAACUUCUAAAGGUUGCAAGCACCCCUUAGAAGUAUGGGUCGUAUUUCCCUGUUCGGGUAGAGACAAAACUGAGUUUAAAUCUCAACAGUGACAACGUACACAGUUACCCUUACUCCCACCUGCACGCGCAACAACAAAAAUUCAAACCGUCCAGCCACCCGUCAUGUACAGUUGCAGUGUUGUUAUCACGUAAAUCAGGAAUUUAAGUCUUACCAACUUUGAGCAAGGUUUUAAGCCUUUUCCCCUUCGGAUUACUGGUUUGUGUUAUUGGUACCAUACAUGUACAUGUAUGCCUGUGUACAUAAACCUUUCCUGUAUGCCUGAAAUGCAAAAGCCCUCUUCAUCUUCGGUCAGCUAAAUUCCAUAUAAUUGUCUCAUCCCAAGGAAGCUCCAAUACCCAAGCUGGUUCUCUCUGAAAUCCCCCGUGUCCUGUUCAGAUUGAAUAUGGAAAGCUCCCUUACAGGAUCUGCAGAGUCACCUGGAGUGUCAGUUGUCACAAUUACUGCUGCCAUACCUUCAAAUUGUUGGUAUCAGGUGUUUGUACUCGUGAGGAUUGUGUGGUCACAACUAGACAAAGUGUGUACAUGCAUGUGUAACUUUAAUAAUGCUGGUGAUGAGAGCUUGGUGCCAGUUGGGUAAUGACAGAAUAUGAUGAUCACUGGUUAGUGCUAUUGGCAUAGCAACCUUUGAGUUCAGAUGUGUGAACAAAACAAACUGAAAGCUAUGGCCCGUGAACAUGAAUCACUUGACUGACGUUACAAUGAAUACAUAGACCAAGUAUUUUAAUUGGGAAGACAUGAUGAAGGUGCACCGCUUUUGAUAUGUACAUGUAUUAUACAAUGUAAAUUGAGAGCUUGAAGAGAUGUUUAUGGCCAUAUGUACAUGUAUGUAGUGAUAGCAAUUCUGGUGUAUACUCAGUUGUAUAUUUGUGGGCAAGUUCAAGCGACGACUGAAGUUAACCGUAUUUCAACCAAAGCCGCAACAAAAAUGGAUGGUUUGGACCAUGUAGUCGACCAUUUUGGCACCAGGCCCUGCAGCAUGGUUGCAUUGCUAGUUGUCAGAAUUCUCAAUUUUCAGUACAGAGGGAACCAUUCAGAUGAAAAUGGCUACAAGAAUUUUGUGCAACUAUAUUCAUUUGAAUGACAUCAUGCAUUAGCGUCGCAAGAGUUUCCGCCAAUGGCAAAAUAUAACGAUGAGGUUAUGCAAAAAAAAAAAAAUUUGACGAGAGUUAUUCAAGUGUGACUGUACUGUGCGUGUCUGUAGAUAAAAGCAAUUAAAUGACGGUCUUCACAGACAUCGUACAAGUAAAGAGAGGAACAGUGCAUUUCAAAAUCUAAGAUCACUUUUGCAUCAGUGAACUGCAAAAUUUAAUAAUAAUUAAAUUAAUAAUCAAAGGAAAGUAUUCUUUAUUAUAUAUCCAAAUGUAAUGUUGUAUGUUUAACAUAUGACUUUGUUACAGUGGUUUUUUUUUUUUUGGUCAAUUUUAUUUGGGGAGUGUGCGAAAUUGCUUUUGUUGGUGUGUUGAAUGCUGGCAUGAACAUGUCACAAAGCUUCAUGAAAUUUUACCUAAGUAAAUUCAGGAUUGUGUCGUGUUACUGUAAAUUUAAGGGAAAAAAGUACUCAUGUGCUGUCUGGCAAAUUUAAACAGUAGUUUCAUGGAAUCCUUGUUAUAUAUGUGUCUGCAAUUUUGUUUCCUGUUAGAUUUUCAUUUUUUUUUUCUGUUUUUAAUUUUUUUUUCUUCCCUUUUGCGACGAGUCAUUAUACAAAUCUGAGGUGCAGUUACUUUCAUGUCCCUGUCAUAUCCGACAUUUAUGUUUGUAAGUUCAGAACACAUUCUUUGAUUCUGAGUGUGAUUAAGUAAUACAAACUACUUGUCAAACAAAUUAAAAUAGUUGAAGGCAAUUUUCAUG